AUGUCCCGCCCACCACGAGGAACAACACUCUCCCGCACCGUUCUCUCGCGCAUCCACCCCUCCGCAAAAUACUCCACAAUGCAGCCCAGGUUCUCGCCCGGCACCGACGAGACCUCCGCCGCAUCAGCACUCGCGCCGCUCCUAACUUCAUCCGGGGGCCAAUGGACGCUAUCUUCCGAGGGAAAGGCCCUAGAACGAAGCUUCAAGUUCAAGACGUUUGCCAAGACAUGGGAUUUCAUGACUGCCGUGUCGUUGCAGUGUAAACUUAAGAACCACCAUCCCGAAUGGUCAAAUGUCUAUAAUACUACGUUUAUUCGGUGGACGACGCAUAAUCCCCUGGGGUUGUCGGAGAAGGAUGUCAGAUUGGCUGGGAUAUGUGAUGCCCUUGCCAAGGACUUUGGGGAACUGGUCCCGGAGCCUGCGAGUUGUGAGGUGAAGGGGCUUGCGGACAAGGCUUCCUCUGCUUCGGGGGAUUGCUGCAUGCCGAGGAAAGAGAAGUGA